AUGCUGAAUGUACCUGGAUUGCUGCCUUUGGAAAAGGAUGAAGUUGUUGGUAUGGGAAACUUUAGGUUUGCAUGUGGGAUUUUAGGUUUUGCAAUUGGGAAUUUUAGGUUUGCAUGUGAAUCUAUGGAAUCUAGAUCCGGCGCUUCAAAGAAGAGAAAGGGAGGGAACACUUCCCGUCCCAUAACAAUACAGUUUGAUACCGACAAGUUUGUCGGCCCGAAGCAGGCUGCAUGGGCGAAGAAUGUUAGAGGCAGUGCUGCUGCAGAGAGUACCCGGGCUUCUGAUGGUCCUGGUACUUCUACUCCUGGACCAGAUCCUUACCUGCAAGCUGUGUUGCCUACUAAUGAACAGAAGGAGAAGCCUACUCAAUCUGCAAAAUCUCUUUCUAAUUGGUCUGGUGGUUCUCAGUAUUCGUCAUCAGUUCAUAAUGGGAAAUUGGAAGAACCUAACGAUGGUUACACGGAUAUUCCUAUUCCAAAUGAUUUCUUAAUUUCUAACUAUGAUGAUCCACUAGAAGCCAUUGUUAGUGAAACAUAUCUGAAUUUUCUUAACAAUUACAAGAAUCCAGAAUUUUUGCAAUCAAGAGCUAUAUUGGCAGGAACAAUUGAAACGGUUGACAUCAUAAAUCAAUACGUUUUGGGAUUCAUACCAGGUGAAGAAAAGGAAUAUUUAAGUUCAGAUUCUGUAGACACUUUUGACGGUGAAGGAAAUGAAGCUUUUGAUGUUUUGACCCCGGAAUUUUUGAAUACACUUACAACUUCCGGUCUACCUAACCACAAGAUUAAAUUGAAGAUUGGGACCCCUAUUAUGUUGCUUCGAAACAUUGAUCAACCUGAAGGUCUCUGCAAUGGAAUAAGGCUUAUAGUUACAAGAUUGGCAAACCAUGUUAUCGAGGCAAAGAUUAUAUCUGGAAAGAAUAUUGGAGGGGUUAUCUAUAUUCCAAGAAUGGAUAUGACUCCAACACAAUCUCCGUGA